UGCAGAAAAGAUGGAGUUACAGAGGAAAUCAGAAGCAGGAUUACUGGUGUGACAACAGCAGAUGAGCGACAGCACAGCGGUGAGGGAGAAACUCUGGUGGAAAAGAAAAAAAAAACAAAUCAGUGCAACAGGAUGAGGACCUGAUAGUGCACAGCCUGCUCAACCCCACAGACCUACCAUCUGUCCCGCUGUUUUCUUCGUGUUCCAGACGCUUCCACCAUCCACCAACAUCUGGAUCACCUCGCAUCCAUCUGGGAAAGAGGUUGAGAGGGGAGGAGGUGGUCGACAAACCCAAAUCUUAUCCUCUUCUUUUCGGAUCACACAGGACCUGAGGAGGCACGUCAUCACUCAGGGGAUCCCUCAGAAAGGAGUACCCUAAGAGGGUGAACGAACUACAGGAAGGGGAAACUUUUCCCCCCAAGAUGCAGAGGUGUGCACAGGACUUUUUCUUGUAUGUGUGCGAGAUUCCUUAACUUUCUAUGGAUCUGUUGAGCGUCUUAACCCUGAGCAGGGAGAAGGAAAAAGAGAAAGAGGAGGCAGAGAGGGGGAGAAGGGAAAAGACGACGAGGAAGCAUCACUGCUGCUGCUGAAGUAUUACCAGGGUUUGUGCCCCUUCCCUUCCUCUGGGGAGGCAUUUCUUUCUACUCUCCCUCCCCUGCCUCUUUCACGGCUCUCAUCCGAACAGCAGGAGCUUGAAGGAUAUGGACAGGAGCUAAACAAAGUGGGGCUACGCAGACUCAUACACUCACACACACUCAGAGGUUGGCUGCUUAUCCAAGGGUUCACACAUCUCAUCUUCUUUCACCCUCAUUUUCCCUAACUUUCCUUUCCUGUCCCAUUUUGACGCUCUGUCUUCACCUCCAUGACCACUUGCAAAUGUGACACACACAAGAAAAGAGGGGAGAAGUGGAAGAGGAAAGCAAGCAGGCAGACAGAGGGAUUUUGGAAGAAACGGAGAGAUCACAUACACUUGCUGUCACGUUGUGAAGUCCUCCUGGGGAGUGUGCAGACAUCCAGACACACUCACACACACAGAGGCACUGAUAACUCACACACUCCUGCUUUCGGGCUACAUGCGGACUCAUACAGGUGCUUAGAGGGGAGUGAGGCAGGUGAAAAGCAGGUGAAGACAAAGAGGAAAAGACAUUUAGAGGAAAAUAGGACAAUGAUGGAGCAGAGGGAGUUCAAGUUGGAUGACAGCAGAAAGCACAGGCAGUAGGCUGCCAACAUGGCAUUUCACAGGGGACAUCCUCCUCCUUCUUCUUGGAGCCCAAUCUUCUUCCUUCUCCUCUUCAUCUUCAUUAGCUCCCCAAUGCCGCUGCGGGCACGGCCGCUCCUCAUCCACUCGUCCAUUAACGUGGCGGUGGUGUUUAGUGGCUCCAGCUACCAGAAUGAGGUCAGAGGUCGUCUCAGCGGGGAGAACUUUGUUGACUUACCUGUAGUGGUCAGCCCAGUGACUGUGCUGGUCAACGAUACCAACCCCCGAGACCUGCUGACACAUCUCUGUGAUACCAUGGCAACGGAGAAGCUGCAUGGGGUGGUGUUUGAGGAUGAUGUGGGCUCAGGUGCGGGUGCUCAGGUGGCAGAAGUAGCACAAAUCCUCGACUUUCUCUCCACUCAGACAGCUCUGCCGAUUGUGGGCAUCAGUGGUGGCUCUGCAGUUGUCAUUCCAUACAAGGCUGAGGGAUCCUCAUUUUUACAGAUGGGGGCUUCACUGGAGCAGCAGGUCAUCUGCAUGUUCAAGAUUUUGGAGGAGUAUGACUGGGGCGAGUUUGCUGUGAUCACCAGCUUGCUGCCCGGCUACGACACCUUUGUGGAUAUAGUUCAGUCAUACACAGACACAUCCUACUUCCUAUGGAAUCUACAGGAUAUUAUAAGCUUGGAAAUGUCUGUUGGGGCUAAUGAUUUGAAGAUCAAACGCAUUCUGCAGCAGGUGGACUCCCAGGUCCUGCUGACGUACUGCUCCCACGAGGAGGCGCAGUACUUGUUUCGUCAGGCUGCUGAGGUGGGUCUUUUGGGGCCAGGCUACAUCUGGAUCCUCCCCAGCCUGGCCGUGGGCAACCCUGACAGCCCCCCACCUGCCACCUUCCCUGUGGGUGUGAUCGGUGUGAUUACAGACCAGUGGAGAAAAAGCUUAAGGCAGAGGGUGAGGGAGGGUGUUGCCAUUGUAGCUAAAGGGGCGGAGAGUUUCAAGAGGGAUUAUGGCUUCAUUCCUGAAGGAUACGGUGACUGCAACAAGCCAACUAAACAGUUGGGCAACAAUACUCUGUUCAGACACAUGCUGAAUGUAACGUGGGAAAAGAAAGAUCUGUCGUUCAACAACCAAGGCUUCCUCUCCAACCCUUCUAUGGUUAUUAUUGCUUUGGACCGGGAGAGACUGUGGGACAAGGUAGGUACAUUCGCUCGGGGCAUCCUUCAAGUUCGCUACCCCAUCUGGCCACGGUACGGCAGCUUCCUGGAGCAUGUGUCUGAUGACCGUCACUUGACUGUUGCCACCCUGGAGGAGCAUCCCUUUGUCAUGGUAGAGAAUGUGGACCCGGGAACUGGCACAUGUGUUCGCAACACCGUACCUUGCAGGCGUCAGUCCAACUACACAGAGAGUAUUAUCGGCCACUCAGAGUCCUACACCAAGUUGUGCUGCAAGGGUUUCUGCAUAGACAUCCUUAAGAAGUUAUCCCGAACCAUCAAGUUCUCCUUUGACCUUUAUCUGGUAACCAAUGGAAAACAUGGCAAGCUGGUCCAUGGGAUUUGGAACGGGAUGAUUGGGGAGGUUGUGUACAGACGAGCUGACAUGGCCAUUGGCUCUCUCACCAUCAACGAGGAGCGAUCAGAAAUCAUCGACUUCUCCGUGCCGUUUGUUGAGACAGGCAUCAGCGUCAUGGUAGCGCGCAGCAAUGGAACAGUAUCCCCAUCUGCCUUUCUUGAGCCCUAUAGCCCGGCAGUCUGGGUCAUGAUGUUUGUGAUGUGUCUGACGGUAGUAGCUGUGACGGUGUUUGUGUUUGAAUACUUCAGCCCAGUUGGCUACAACCGCAGUCUGGUCAGCGCAAAAGCUCCUGGUGGUCCAACCUUCACAAUUGGGAAGUCAGUGUGGCUGCUGUGGGGCAUCGUCUUUAACAACUCUGUUCCCAUUGAAAACCCCAAAGGAACCACCAGUAAAAUCAUGGUUCUGGUCUGGGCCUUUUUUGCUGUCAUCUUCCUGGCUUCCUACACUGCCAAUCUGGCUGCUUUUAUGAUUCAGGAGCAGUAUAUCGACACUGUGUCUGGCCUGUCUGACAAAAAGUUUCAGAAACCACAGGAGCACUACCCUCCUUUUCGCUUCGGGACGGUCCCAAAUGGGAGCACAGAGAGGAACAUCCGCAGCAACUACCCCGACAUGCACACACAUAUGAUGAAAUACAACCAGAAGGGGGUGGAAGAAGCCCUGGAGAGCCUCAAAACUGGGAAGCUUGACGCUUUCAUUUAUGAUGCUGCUGUUUUGAACUACAUGGCUGGAAAGGAUGAGGGCUGCAAACUGGUGACCAUUGGCAGUGGAAAAGUAUUUGCUACCACAGGAUAUGGCAUUGCUCUGGAGAAAGACUCCCGCUGGAAACGGCCUAUAGACCUGGCGUUGCUGCAGUUCCUUGGAGAUGGAGACACUGAGCGUUUGGAGACAGUCUGGUUAUCAGGCAUCUGCCAAAACGAGAAGAACGAAGUAAUGAGCAGCAAGCUAGACAUAGACAACAUGGCAGGCGUCUUCUACAUGCUUCUGGUGGCUAUGGGCCUCAGCUUGCUGGUCUUUGCCUGGGAACACCUGCUCUACUGGAAGCUACGACACUCCCUGCACAAGUCUGAUAAACUUGACUUCCUGUUGGCCAUCAGUAGGGGUAUUUACAGUUGCUUUAAAGGAGUGGAGGAUCCUGGACGUUCAUCUGGUUUGGCCAAACCUGACCUUACCUCCAGUUAUGCUCAAGCAAACAUGCUGAAGAUGCUUCGCACUGCCAAGGACCUGGUUUCCACAGCUAAUGUGGAGAGCUCCCUGGACAAUGCCACCAAGACCAUAGAGAAGUUAAGUCGUCAUGGUGGUAGCUUGCCUGUUCGAGUUCCACAAGCUGCUACAGAGGCCGUGCCGGGAGGCUUUGCUUACAUAACAGAAAACCAUUGUGCUCUUCCUCAGCGCUCCCUUUCUCCACCUCUAACUGCUGUUACCACUCUGAAACAGCAGAGAGGUGUAACUAGGCCAACACCACUACGCUACACACUUCCAACUCGUUCUUCAUCAUGUUUGUAUGACAGACCACUUCCUGUGUCCAGCUUGAGCAGCCCCCACCUGGCCGUGGGAGAGCCGUUGCCUCAUCAACACCCACACCACUACCAAACCACCGGGAGAAUAUAUAUAGAUUCCCAUUCUCAUUCACCUUUCAUACCAUACACCGAUCUCCAACUUCCUGACAUAUAUGCGUCUCAUCCUGUCUCCUCAUCCCAAAACCAGCAUGUACAAAUGGGCUUCACCCAACGAAGAAGGAGGUCCAAGAGUUUUCAAUGUGAGGAUGGGGAUGUAGAGAGGAGAAAACAUGGGGAGCAGAUAAAGAGUGACAAAAGCCCCAUCAGUCUGAGUGAGCUCAAAGUCAACCACCUCCAAGACAACCACAUCUCCUCUCCACCUGUUGACAACAUUUAUUCAGAAGAAGGAAUUUGUCCUCGGGUAGAGAACUACAGCUCUUGGCCCCCAGAGGACUUUGUGCUGAGAGGGAGACGCAGGCAUCGCCGCCCUUCUUUUCUCAAAGCAACUUGGGGUACUGAGCAAGUUCGUCAACUUGAUGAAUCUCAGUCUUCUCUGUCCAGCCAAUCACCUUCAACCUUACCAGACCUGUUUCCCUGCAUUCUUACCCCAGCCACAUCUGCCAAAGCUUACAACCCCUCCCAUCUUCGAAACAACCUGUGCCUCCCAAGGAGCCAGGCCUACCUCCACAUUAGGGAGGACCAGAGAAAGCCUAAUGGGCGUAAGGGCCAAAGGCUACGCUACUCCCAUUCUGCCCACCUGCCUACAUAUGGAGAAGCAGUGCGACAUGGAACUGGGAUAGGGCGGGGUGUGAUGCGAAGGGCCACCAGCUUGCUCAGCCGACAGUAUGCACACUACCUGAACUCAUACCCUGGACUUCCCCUCUACCAUGGUCCACUGGACCUUCAGCACCACAGCCAGGCUUCCAGCCCAGUGUGCCAGCUGUUGGCCUGUGGUGGUGGGCAAUGUAGGGGCCAGGGGGCCCUACUAUACCAGGACAGUGUUUAUGGGGCCUAUGGUGUCUAUCAGGGGUCUCAAACUGGAUCAGAGGCCCAGGCAGGGCAUGCAGCAGGGGGCCAGCCUAUGGGAAGCCCCUGUGUACUUCGGCCCUGGCGACGAGUGUCCAGUCUGGAAUCUGAAGUUUAACUGGGAACCAUAAAAGACCUUAUUAAUAGGAAACUGUGGAGGUACAGAAGACUCUUAAACAUAUCCACUGUGGAAAGAGGUGUUUUGGUUAGAUUUAAUUAAAAGGGGUAAACUUAUAAUUAAAAGUAUCUGUUAAAUUUUGAAUGUGACUUUGUGUGGUAUAGACUAUAAUUUUGGGUCUUCAAACUUUACCAACACAAAGGACUGACAGUCCAAGAAGACUGCACUCUCACCGAUCUAUCCUCAAGAAAGCUGGAAUUUGUUGGUUUAAAUCACUUGCUGCUUUCCCAUAAACAGUAUUUGUGUUUUCUGCACUUUAAUGUGCACUAAGAUUUAUUACAGUUUGUGGUAUUAACGCAUGAUUAUUCAUGCUGUGUGUGUUGUUUAUGUUACAUUGUGAGUGGUUGGGAUUCAGUCUUGAGUGUCGUAUAGUACUGUAAAUGAAUUGUUUACAGGUGGAGAGAAAAAAAAGGGGGGGAAAGAGAUUGUCUCUUUAAAUACAGCCGCCAAAAACAAGCAGCCACUGUAGCAAGAUAAUCUGAGGACUACUGCUAUGCAGAUGUGAAGAGUUUAACUCCGAUAUGAAGCAUUCAACACUAAAUCACUUUGACAUCAGUUUGAGCAGAGUAGGAGUUUUCUAGAUUGAAAUAAUAAUUUUUGAGACACCCAAUAAUAAAUUUUAGAGAAAUCUCUUAAACAUGUCUAUACUUUGGAGUUUAACCCUUCACAUCUUCGCUUAAGGGGGUUAGAGGAAGCAUCUGCUUUGUGAAAGCAGUCCUUAUGAACACAAUCUGCAAAAUUAUUGCAAGAUUGGGGCAGUAUUGACCAGCACUAGGUGUCUUAAACCAUGGACUCUUCAUCCUCUGUUGGUCUCAUUAUGAGGCCACAGUACAGCACAGCACAACACACAUAGGGCCUCACAUCAAAUUAAUUCCGUAUUCUACGUACUAUAUCAAUAUAGAUGAAUGUGUUAUUUGAGGUUGGUUAGUGUCAUAUUCAUGUAUUCUACAUAUGAUAGAAAUUUAUAAUCACACUUUUUUCUAAACACACCUCUGGCACAGUUUUUCAUUUAAAAAACUAUUGCUGAUUUAUUGGAUCAUUUGCCAUUACUAUAUUAACUAUCUGUUGGCAGAUGAAGAUUUUUCAUCACUUCCCUUUUUUCCACUGUUUUAUAUUCCCCCAUCAUCCCUCUUUGUUCCCAUCUUCUCUAACUGUUUAAUUAUCAAAUUUAAAUGAGGUAAUUGAAAGCUAUUCUAGUAUCUCUAUUACCAGGCUCCUUCACCCUGUAAUUUAUCACUUAGACCAAUUAA